CGUUUUCAAACUUCAUAAAUUACUAACCUCAAAAUCUCUGUCAAAACAACUUGCUUUCUCCGAUUUAUAUUUUAACAUUUUCGAAAAAUGGGAAAAGAACAAACAGAAACUACGCCAGAAUUUGACUGGGUUUCUCUUCACAAUGAGUUGGGCAAGGGAAUGGGCGACGAAACAACUAAAGAACGAAUGGUUCGCAAAAUGAAGGAGAAUCCAUUAGUCCCAAUUGGCUGUUUGGCUACUGCCAGUGCUUUAGUUUAUGGUUUAUACUGCUUCCGGCGUGGUGAAAGACGAAUGUCACAGUACAUGAUGAGGACAAGAAUUGCAGCACAGGGAUUUACUGUUGUAGCCUUAAUAGCAGGAUUAGGAUUCACUGCAUCAAAAAAAUGAAUUAAUGAAGAAGGUUGGAGGGAAGCAUUAGAAUAGAAAAUAUAUGUAUAUAAUUUUUCUUUAGUGUUCCACCUAAUUAAAACCUGGACAUUGUAUAAAUAAAAAUUUCUCUUUUUACGUAAUAUAAA